CUCAGCCUGCGUGUCAGUGCAGUCGACUUACAGCUGGCUGUGAGGACAACUGACGCUCUAGCUCCAUUCUGCUCUGUUCACUGAAAACUCUCCUGAACUCCGCUACAACAACUCUCCAGACUCCGCUAUUUUUUAAACAUAUUAUUAAAGUGGGUGUUUAUAGGAAACUGAAGUUGGAGGCUGGGCCUUUAGCUUCCUGACCGAUCAGAGAAGAAGAAGAAAAGCUGGUCUUUUAUUUUUUUUUUCUUGUUUAAAAAGUCGAUAAAUGCUACUCACGAAAAUGGACCUGUUGAACUACCAGUACCUGGACAAGAUGAACAACAACAUCGGGAUCCUCUGCUACGAAGGUGAAGCAGCUUUGAGGGGGGACCCCAGGCUCCAGUCCUUGUCCCUGUCCUCGUCCUCAUCCUCCUCUUCGUCAUCGUCGUCCUCAUCCUCCUCCAUCUCCAGCCACAGGACAGGUCCUCCUCCCAUUAGCCCUACCAAGAGGAAGCUGAAUGGGGACCUGGGGGACAGCGACAUGGACGACAACGAGCAUGUGGCAAAGAUGAGCCGACUGUUUGCUGCUCAGCUGAAACCUAAUGGAGACUAUCGCAGCUCUCCGGUCUCUAAGGACCGCAGCCGGAGCCCCAGCGAUCGGGUGGUGGUGCCCGGUGGUCUCGCAGUCCACAGCAACCAUCUGUACAGCCACGCCCACCACCACCAUCUCCACCUGGCCAGCUUAGCCGGCAUGGACCAGCCACUGGCGUUAACCAAAAACAGCCUGAUGGAGCCUGCACGGAGCAGCACAGCAGCCAUGACCACAGUGCCGCAGGCCGUCAGCGCCAUGGAACGCCAGCAGAAUCGCCCCUCAGUGAUCACAUGCGCUCCGGCCAACAACCGCAACUGCAACCUGUCUCACUGUCCAGUGUCUCACAACGGCUGCUCCAGCCUCACUAACAACUACAGGAGAGCCAACACCAACACAGCCUGCGACCCAGUGAUUGAAGAGCAUUUCCGCCGCAGCCUUGGGAAGAACUACAAAGAGCCCGAGCCGGCCACCAACUCCGUGUCCAUCACGGGCUCGGUGGACGACCACUUCGCCAAGGCGCUGGGCGAGACCUGGCUGCAGAUCAAGAACAAGGGGAGCCCCUCGUCGUCCGGCAGCAGCCCAAACUCCUCCCCCGACAGUCACAUGAUCAACCACAACCACUCCCCCUCCGUGGUCUCCUGAAGGGGCCCAAGAGAGAUUUUAGAGGGAUUUUGCCCCCCCCUGCUUCCCCAGCCCCCCACAGCCCACUCCCAAUCACCCCGACUCCAACAUCCAUGUCCCCUGUCACGCUGUCGAUCUGUCACCGGCGUCCCAGAGGCAGCGCCCCCCCAACCCCGCGGGCCGAGCCUGUAGAGGAUCAAAUCAGCAAAAUAUAACAACUGUCCUCUGGUUCGCUAAAGUUAGACAAUAAUCAGUCGUGAGUGACGAGGGCUGAACUCUUGGACUGACAGGAGCAUCGUGGGGCAAGUGUCUGUAGUUAUAUGUACAUAAAGAGAGAGAGGAGAGGCGGGGUUUUAAUUAUUCAAUUUCUUUUCUUCUUUGUUGUUGUUGUUGUUUUUAUUUUUAACAGUAGAUGUUGUGUACUGCUUCUGCGUUAUGAGAUGCCUGGUGUUUGAUAGAAGAGAUGAGAAAGAACCACUUUGGAGAAAAUAAUCACAAACCACCUGACUGUGCUACCAAAGAAACCUGUAGACGUUGACGUUUAUCAAUGACCCGAUCAAAAACGACACAAAGCCAUCGACUGGGCUCCUCUCUCACCUUCUCUCUCUCCUCUGUAUGUGUUACUGUACGUGUGUAAACUCAAUCGAUCGACUCGGUCUGAUUUGCACUACUGCCAUGGGGUCUGACAUGUCAACAUCACAAUCUGGCACUGUAAACACUGGGACUGAAAACUGAACUCAAACUGACUGAAUUCAACAUUUCUGGGACCUGGACAUAAUUUCAUCCAAUAUUAUAACCAUGCUGCAUUAUUUAUUCAAUGCAUUUCUGAAGAAUGGAAAACACACAUCAGCAUGGUCGGGGGGGAAUAAUCGAUUUGGAUCAAUGUGUUCUCCGAUCCUCAAAGAGACAUUUGAUGUGGGUUCAUUUAGCUGUAAACUAAAACACAUAGAGAAGGUGGGUGACAAGCAGGAUCCCAUCCCGAGCCAUUUACUCACUGUGUGUUCAUCACAUGUAACAUGUUAACUUAU